AACGUCCACCUGCUGCUUCAUAACAACAUGUCCAAGCCCGGAGCGUACAGCAGCCAGUCCUGCUCCCCGGCCGGGAGGGCAGGAGCGCCCAGGAGCUACCCGACCGGCCCGUCGCACGACUCCAAAGUGGACCCGCAGGACCAGUCCGCCAAGACCAAGGAGAAGGACCAGAUGGUUGGACUCAACGACAAGUUCGUCGCCUUCAUCAAUAAGGUGAAGCACCUGGAGGAUAAGAACAAGGUCCUGGAGACGAGGCUGAAGAUCCUCCAGGAGCAGGAUAACUACAAGGGCAAAAUCGACGACACCGUGAAGCGGCUGGAGUGCGAGCUGCAGCAGCAGAUGGACGGCCUGGAGCACGACCAGGCCAAACUGGAGGCCGAGCUGCGGAAGAGCCAGGAGGAGGUGGAUCACACCAGGAUGAAGUAUGAGGAUGAGUUCCAGAAGAAGACCGAACUGGAAAAUGAGUUUGUCAUUUGCAAAAAGGAUGUAGAUGAAGGUCACUUGGGGACAGUGGACCUGGCUCUGGAGGCAGAGGACCUCAUGGGAAAGCUGGAGUUCCUCAGGGAGGGCUACGAUGAAGAGAUCAAGGAGCUGGUGUCGCAGAUCCAGAACACCACAGUGGUUGUGCGUGACACCGCCAAACGGGCGCUGGACAUGGAUGAGAUCAUCGAGAGCGUCAAGGCGCAGUACGCCGACAUGGCCGCCCGCACCAGGGAGGAGGCCGAGCAGUGGAACCAGAAGAAGAUGGACGCUCUGGUCCUCAGUGCAGGGAAGCACGAGCAGGACGUGCGUGAUGUCAAGAAGGAGAUCGCAGACAUGCUGCGCCUCACCCAGAGGCUCAAUGGGGAGCUGGAGGCCCUCAAGAAGAAGAAAGAGUCCCUGGAGAGAGACAUUUUGGAUGCGGAGGGAGACGGUCAGAGGAACCUGGAGGAGGCCCGUGACAGCAUCGUCCAGCUGGAGGAGGCCCUGAGGCGGGCCAAGCAGGACAUGGCCCGUCAGGUGCGCGAGUACCAGGAGCUGAUGAACCUCAAGCUGGCCCUGGACAUCGAGAUCGCCACCUACCGCAAGCUGCUGGAGGGCGAGGAGAAGAGAAUGGACGACCUCAUGCGUCAGACAGACGAUUACUCGCCGCUGAAGCCGCAGCCGCCAGGGAAGCCUCCACGUAAGGAGCCCAUCAUCCCGGAAAGCUCUCCCGACUCCAAGAAACGCCUGCUGAUCCGAGUGGAAGUGGAGGCAGGCAGAGUGGUGUCUGAAAGCUCCCUGUACACUGAUGAGUGACUGGACCUGCCUGUCAGUCCUCUCUCUGUCAGCGCUAAGGUGCUACCCCAAAUGUGAAUGAAAACAAAAUGAUGAAAUCAAGCUCUAUAUAGGUCAGCCUGUAUUUGCACUCUUAGAAAAAAAAAAAAACAAGUGAUACUGCGUGUAAGGUACCGAACAAAAUGGCUCCUUUGUGUGCUUCCUGGCUUAUCUGGUCAAGUUCAGCCUUUACAAAGAACAUACUGUCUUAUUAUAUUAUCCAACAGUUUUCCUGGAAGCCGUGCUUGAAGUUGCUUGAAGGCAUGUUGUUGAUGCCAAGGUGUUUUUGAAAAGUUCUUAUCUUAGUUUAUGUUCGCCAAGACCCCCAGUGAUGCCUGUUCUGAUCUGACCCGACUGUAUUGUUCUUCCUCUCACACUUUUAAUAUGAUUGUCCUUUUUGUGAAACGGAAGCCCACAUGCCUAACGGUGUGAAGGUUUCGUGAUGAAGUCCAGAAUAAAAAGGGGAUCUUGUGGUGUCAAACAUGUGUUCCUGUUGGCUUUUAUACACAUUGAAGGUAGAGAAGCACACAUAAUAUCAUAUCAUGCACAUACAGCGAGAUAAGCCCCCUACAAUCAAAUGUUAACACUCACAUCACCUUUAACUGUAUUCUGU